AGGGAGAAUCGAAUAAACCGCGGCCGCCGCUUUUCCUUUAUUCAAUCUGUCUCUCUCCAAAGAUGUCUUCUGAAGAAUCCAUGAACGCCGCGGCCGAUGAGAAGAAGCCUUCGAAGAAGGAGCUCGCAAAGCUGGAGCGCCAGCGGAAGCGCCAAGAAGCCGCCGCCGCAUCUGCCACAGCGGCCGCGGCCAGCCUCUCCAUUUCCGCCGACGACCCAUUGGCGGCUAGCUACGGCGAAAUCCCUCUCAACGACCUGCAAUCGAAGGACCUCUCGUCCGCGCUGUGGACUCCGGUCAAGGAUUUGACCUGCGAGCUCAAGGACACGCCCGUGCUCAUCCAAGGCCACGCGCAGGCCAUUCGCGCCGUGGGGAAGAAGAUGGCCUUUUUAGUCGUCAGGGAGGAGUGCUUCACCGUCCAAUGCGUGCUAACUGUGGCGCCGGAUUUGGUCAGCCCGCAGAUGGUCAAAUUCGCCACCGGAUUGAGCCGGGAGAGCAUUGUUGACAUUGAAGGGAUCGUCUCCGUGCCGUCUCAGCCCAUUACCGGCGCCUCUCAGCAGGUGGAAAUUCAAGUGAGGAAGCUUUAUUGUGUUAACAAGGCAGUUCCUAUACUGCCUAUCAAUAUUGAAGACGCAGCAAGAAGCGAGGCUGAAAUUGAAAAGGCUUUGCAGGCGGGUGAGCAACUCGUUCGUGUAAAUCAAGACACUCGACUGAAUUACAGGGUCCUUGACUUGCGCACUCCUGCAAAUCAAGGAAUAUUUACAGUCCAGUGUGAGGUUGAGGAGAUAUUUAGACAAUAUUUGUUAUCUAAUGGUUUUCGUGGGAUCCACACACCUAAACUGAUUGCGGGUUCUAGUGAAGGUGGCGCUGCUGUCUUCAGAUUGGAUUACAAAGGAACACCUGCAUGCUUGGCACAAUCACCUCAGCUUCAUAAACAGAUGGCCAUCUGUGGCGGUUUUAACCGCGUGUUUGAGAUUGGUGCAGUAUAUAGAGCAGAGGAUUCUUUUACUCAUCGACAUCUGUGUGAGUUCAUUGGUCUUGAUGUUGAAAUGAGGAUUAAGAAGCACUAUUCAGAGGUGAUGGACAUUGUCGAUGGCUUAUUUGUGAAAAUGUUCGACACCUUGAAUGAGAAAUGUGCUAAAGAGCUUGAAGCAAUCAACAAGCAAUACCCAUUUGAAAAGCUGAAGUAUCUACGAAAGACCUUAAGACUUACAUUUGAAGAGGGAGUACAUAUGCUGAAGGAGGCUGGCAUAGAAGUUGAUCCUUUUGGAGAUCUCAACACAGAGACAGAGAGGAAGCUUGGCCAACUUGUCCUUGAGAAGUAUGGAACUGAGUUCUACAUACUUCAUCGUUAUCCUCUGGCAGUUCGACCAUUCUAUACCAUGCCAUGCCAUGACAAUUCCAAGUACAGCAACUCGUUUGAUGUCUUCAUUAGAGGUGAGGAAAUCAUAUCUGGAGCUCAGCGUAUUCAUUUGCCAGAGUUUUUGACAGAGCGUGCACAAGCAUGCGGGAUUGACGUCAGCACUAUAUCCACAUACAUUGAUGCCUUCAGGUAUGGGGCGCCAACUCAUGGUGGAUUUGGAGUAGGGUUGGAGCGUGUGGUAAUGCUUUUCUGUGCACUCAACAACAUCCGGAAAACAUCACUUUUCCCCCGUGAUCCACAGAGAAUCACACCUUGAUUGCCUCGUUUCCAUGUUGGGUAAAGAUAGAAAAUUGAGUAGUUGAUUGAUCAUUGUUGGUGGUAGAAACAAUUACACUCAGUUGGUUCUCUCAUUUUUGCAACUCCAAAUGUGAUACAUGACACAAGCGAUGUUAAUAGUUGUGUUUUAUUUAGAAUGGAAGAUGUUUCAUCUAAAAAAAAGGCUCGAUUUUCUCUU